UUGUUUUGUUUUGCUGUAUCUUAGGUGGUGUACAAAGGAAGAGAGAGGGCACAACGGAUCAAUUUGUGGCUUCACGAUGGACAUUAUGAUGUCAUUAAGUCCCUGAAAGGGUUUUUUGGUAGCAACCAUUAUUGCACAGCAUGUGAAAAGCCGUAUGAUCAUCCGGAAAGCCAUAGAUGUGCCAAUGCGUGCCCUAUAUGCCUAAGGACUGAUUGCUUUCCAGGCCAGCCCCAACGAUGCCCGGACUGUGACCGUCUCUGCCGAUCCGAUGCCUGUUAUGCAGCACACAAAGCCCUCACUGGAAACCAAGACUUUUCACUUUGCGAUAGGGUAUACCAGUGCAGGGACUGCUGCCAAGUGAUCCGGAGGCGGGAUUGCCCUAAAGAUCUGCAUAAGUGCGGUACCACCAAAUGUCCGUCUUGCGGCCAGUUUGUCGUGGCUGCUGAGCACCGCUGUUAUUUGCGUCGUGUUGCUCCGAAGAAGUCCGAGGACAAGUUCAUCUUUUUUGACUUUGAAACGGACCAGUCUUCGGGGGAGCAUCUCGUAAAUUUCGCGGUGGCUCAGUAUGCCGACGGCACAGAAAAGUGUUUCCGGGUACGCGGCAUGCCGAGACUUCUGCGCCUGGCUGUUUACCCCACAACACAAGGGCUUCACCGCCGUGGCUCAUAACAUGAAAGGGUUUGACGGACAGUUCGUGAUGGCCUGGCUCCUAGAACAAGGCACAGCGCCGGAGGUGAUCCCUAACGGGUCUAUGAUCAUGAGUGUAAGACACCCCAGUCACAUUCGGGUCAUAGACUCGUUAAACUUUUUACCGAUGGCGUUGGCCAAACUACCGGGAUGCUUCGGUCUCAGCGAGUUAAAGAAAGGAUACUUCCCUCAUCUCUUUCAACUCGAGGGAAAACCAGAGUUAUGUCGGACCGCUGCCUGAGCCCCCCCACUAUUACAGCCCGGAUACCAUGAGCACUUCAGCCCGACAAGCAUUUCUGUCCUGGCAUGAAGCACACAAGGGGGAUGUGUUUAACUUUCAAGAUGAGAUGCUGGCCUA